CAAAAACCCUCAAAAUUAGGGUUUUACUUGCAGUUCUCAAAAUCUCUGAGAGUCAACAAUGGCAGAAUCAAUGUGCAGAACCCUACGAGACGGAUCGUUAGAAGGAGAGCAAGCACCAGCUCUUACUAUCAAAGAUACUGCAGCUUCUCCUUUCGGUUUUCACGUCUUCUCUCACGUGCUCUCCCAGCUCUCCUCCUUCAUUUUAGCCUCCAAAUCCCAGUCCCGUGCUAUUGUGAUUGUUGCGUUUUCACGGAGCCCUUCGUUUUACGUGGAUUUACUGAAAAGCAGAGGGAUUGAUGUAAAUUCAUCUCAUAAAUGGGUUCAGAUUUUGGAUUGUUAUACGGAUCCGCUUUGUUGGAAGGAUCAGCUUAUGGGGCCGGGAAAUUUCAUGGAUGCUUCCCAUGAAACUUCUUCAAGUUUGAGCCGUGUCUGUAAGGAUGUGAAGGAUUUGGACAAGCUGUACUCUAUGAUUCUUGAACUGGGGAAAGGGUUGGUUGGACAAGGAAAGGAUCGUUUUUCUGUUGCCAUAGAUUCGAUAAAUGAAAUGCUAAGACAUACAUCUACACCAACAGUUGCAGGCCUUAUAAGCAACCUUCGUAGCCAUGAACAGAUUUCUAGCAUCUUUUGGUUGUUACAUUCAGACCUUCAUGAAGUCAAAGUUACAUCUGCUCUUGAAUAUCUGUCCUCUGUGGUGGCCAGUGUAGAACCACUGCAUCAAACUGCUGGUGGAAAGAGAGGGGAUUUAGAAAACCUCUCUUUGUUGGAACAGAACUUUGGGAAAGGAAAGCUUCAAGUCCGAUUCAAGCGCCGGAAUGGGCGUGUUCGUGUGGUGAAUGAAGGAUUUCAUAUUGAUCAGUCAAGCAACAAUUUUACAUCUGUUUCAUCUGAAGAUGGGCUAGUUAAUCAAAUUAAUCAAGGCCUUGUGCCAAAGGUGCAGUUUAAUCUAGAGUUAACAGAGAAAGAACGGAUUGACAGGGCUAAGGUUGUACUGCCUUUUGAGCACCAAGGAGACGGUGGACCUAUUCAUAUCUAUGAUGGUCGAAGAUCUCUUACAGAGAGCAAAACUGAGGCAACUCUUUCUUCAAGUGGGAAUUCACAAAAAACUGACUCUGGUGAAGGUGAGAUAAUAUAUUUUCGUGAUUCAGAUGAUGAGAUGCCAGAUUCUGACGAGGACCCAGAUGAUGAUUUGGAUAUAUAAUAUAUACAUGCACUGUUCAUGAUUAUGAACUGAUGCCAGAGUGCAUAAAUUGUAAAAUAUAGGAUCUCAUUUUCCGGUUGUUUGCACGUCCCUUAAAACGGAAAUCAAUUUUUAUUUUUUACUAUUUGACUAUUUUAGUACGGCAUAGGAGACCUAGAAAAAAAGGUUAUUCCUCGGAUCAGUGUGAUGCUAAUUUUUUGAUAAGAGGCAGCGCUAUGCUAUAUAAAUGGAUCCAGCAGACUUCUAAGCAUGCAGAGGAUAGCAGAUGGAGGAAAGACAUUAAGUGUUCUACAACAACAAUGGGCAUCUAGGCUAAUGGGAGUGCAUCCAGUCCAGGAAAAGAUGGUUCUCAAGUUUGAGUUGUAUCCUUGCCAGUUCAAGAACAAUUUAGUGUUGUCAGCUCUAUGAAGUAAUUCCUUUUGCUAGCUUAA